ACGCUGCUCCACUGCAGACGUUACAGGAUACCAGAGGAGGGCUUCACAGUUACGCUGGGCUUUGAGGCAAGACAGUCAUGCUGCUGGUGUUGAGAGCUUUGCUGGUCCUGAGUUUGGCUCCCCUGCUGCACGGCGCCAGGAAAAGCCAGUCGGUCUCAGCAAAGCUGGGGCCCAGAGCUGGGCUGAAGGGCAACAGUGUGAGGUUGGUUAUAGAUCCUUCAGUGCUGCCGCACUUCACCGCAAAAUCUCCCUCAAGCAUCGCCAACAUGUCUCUGUCACCGUGGACGUACAUUGACUCGUCAGUGGACUCUCGUUUGCCCAGGCAUAUCUCAAACGCCCAGUGCCUCACCACUGGCUGUCUGAGUCCACAGGGAGGAGGGGAGGACAGAGCCCUGGAGGCUAAACCCAUCAAGUAUGAAGUUCUGGUCCUCCACAGGGUCCUCAAACCGUCUAAGAAAAAAGGGAGGCAGGCGAGGAAGCAGUACAUCUUCACACUGGGGACAGAGGUGAUCACAGCCGGCUGUACCUGUGUGAGGCCCACUGUCAUACCUCAGGGGUAGGAAGGCGACGACUUGUGAUGAACGCAUUUCUUUCAGCACGCUGUUUUUACCCUUUACAAAGUUGCUGUCUGCAAGUUUGCUUUAAGUUAUAACAGGUUCAGCUAUGAAAGCAAAAUGUGUAACAUGAAAGAGCCAUUUUGACCUCUGUGAUGUGUUAGUGCUUGCGUUUUCCCCAUCUUAGCUGUUAGCGCACUAGCUGCAGUAAUUAGCAGUAGGGCUUGCUUUGUGACUCUGAUAGCUGUGUAUGUCUGCCCCCUUGUGGUCGCGAGGGCUUUAUUGCAACUUUAAUUCGGAGGUAAAUCAGAGAUGGUAGACAAAAGAAUGUGAGUCUUGAAUUGUUGUUGACAUUAUUUGUACAUGAUAAAUAAUAUUAAUUUUG